AUGGUCCACUCGCACCGUACUAAAAACUAUGAAGAGUUUAUUACGCUCAUGAAAACAUUGGAGGAAUCAAAACAGCAGACUUUUGUCGUUUUCACGGGUACGCCCAAUGAGAGUGGUGAGAGUUGGUGUUCAGACUGUGUUAUAGCCGAUCCAGUCAUCAAGAAACAGAUAGAACACAAUGAGGAGCAUCUAAAAGACACAAAUAUUGUAUAUGCUCAAGUUGGCACAAGAGAAGAAUGGAAGAAUAACAAUGACAAUCCAUUUAAAUUGGACAAAAAAAUACGGUUGCAAUUCUUACCUACGCUGCUUAGAUGGGGUACAUUGCAUAAACUCCAAGUGGAAGAAUGUUUGAAACCUGAUUUACUUAACAUGAUCUUUGAAGACACAGAAGAUGAUUCUUAA